UCGAUCAGGCAUGGUAGGUAAACUUUAGACGGGACAUAUUAGAAGUGUUCAAAACAGUUUAUCUAAGCCGUGACGGGACAAAGCAUACCUGAGGGGACAGCUCCCUUCAUACAACAUAUAGUGUUUGCAAUGUCAAUACUCGGGCAGUAUUACGGACGAUUUAAAAGCAAUUAGGGUUUGGUUUCCUCAAAUUAGAAUAUUUGCUGAGAGGAAGGCGGUGGGUUUAUGUGAGUGGCGACACGGGUGUGUAAGGGAGGCGCGUGUUUAGCCCAGGGGGUCGCGACAAGUUUACGUUUUCCGCCGAACAUGAGAUAUAAACAGCGGGCGGAGUUUGUUUGCCUGUUGACGAUCUGCUCGCCUCACCACCCGAUCCAUGGCUACCACCCGGCUCCGGUUCCUGUCCAAACUUACGCGGGGAUUCGCUUGCAGCCGGACAACAAAACAAUCGGUGUCCGGUGUCUCUCAACAGCCGGGAUUGCUUUCAAACCCAAUCUGCAUGAUUUACACGGACUGGUAGGAGUAAAGAACCACAGUUUGGAACUGUUCCUGCUGCGACAUACUAGUAUAACUUCCCUGUAAACCGCGCUCGCUCAAACGCCGUACAAGGAAGAUCUUGCUCAUCUGCAGCUUCUACGUAGAACGUACUUCACAGUGUAAAACUCGCUACUGGAGAUGUACUUAAAGAGGACAGUCAGAGGGAGGGUUGGAGGAGAUCGGGUAGCGAAAGGGAACACCGUAGAUAGCGGCCGCCUGAGGAAGACCUGGUUACCUGCUCCAUGCAGCAGCUAAUCCUCCGGGAGUACACCACAGUCAGGUGCAAUAAGGUGUUCGACCUGUCCUCGGAAUCUGGGGCGAAGAACAGACGGCGAGGUCUGGUGGGCAGGACCAGGAAAGAACAGGGACGCCAGGUGUUGCAAGAAAAGAUCUUUGCCAGAACGAAGAAGAAGACAACGCUAGCUGGAGCCAAGUCGACGUUACCGUCCAUACCGGUACCGAGACACAGAGCACCGGCAGCAGACGGGGACCCAAACAGCGGUUCGCUGGGGAGGGAGGGGCCGUUCCUUCCACACCUGCCCAGACCGAACAGACCUGCCAGACAGAGCCCCAACGAGUUUGAACUACACAGUAUUGUAGAGAUCCUGAACCUUAAAAAGAAGGAGCUGCACAGCCUUCCCGAGCAGCCGGUACCAGACAUGGUUAUGACCCGGAGACACCGCAGCCCGCCCGGCAAGAACAUGCGGAUACCCAAGGACCUGCCCAUGACUAUCAAGAGUUAUCGAGAUGGUGAGGGUGACGGAGGGACCGUACUCAGACCUCCCAGACAAAUCGUGGUGGUGGUCCCGUCUGUGGCGCUGGAGUCUCCGCGGAAGGCGGUGAAACAACAACAGCUGGUCAUGGUGGACGGGAAGAGCAGCGAGACACCGCAGGCUCCGCCGCCCCAGGGGGAGAGUUUCGGCCGGCUGACGGGGAAGUACCUGACCCGCCGGCCGUCCCAGGAGCACCGCGCGGGCCACUUCAACAACUUCCGGCAGUACCUGAAGCGCAGCAAGUCCCGCAAGGUGGCGCACCUCGCCCCCGCGCCAACCGCCUCCGUACAGGACAAGAAGAUCCUAAACGUCAGCGGAAGAAACAACAUCCCGACAUUACCUGUUAUCCCAUCUAUAAGGUCCGAGGACGAGAUCAAGACGGUUAUGAGUGAAAACGGCGUCGUGCUGAACGGAGAUUUUCCCGCCAACCUGUCGGGCGUGUCGUCCGAGGACACGUCGAGUUCCAUACGGUCCGAGCUGGGAAAAGUGUUCUCCAAUUCGUCCAGUUCCAAGUCCAGUUCUGACAACAACAACAGUAACAGUAACGCCAUUCGUGUGAAAAGACUGUCCAAUCCGCAACAGAAGACGAGAAGGGCCAGGGACAGGCACGGGCGGGACUCCGGGAACGAGAGUAGCGACAGUUUGGACGGUUUGAAAGAUACGUCAUUACCCGAGGAGGGUUCUCGUUCCCGGUGGUCGCCGGGACAGAAACGCUACGUGGUGGACAAAUCGCACAUCCACCAACAGAUGGCGUCCAAAAACGGCUACUCCGUGGCAAAGAGAUACUUCGACAAACAAGACCGAGAGAAAUACAGGUCCAGCUUGCCGUCGGUCCUACAGUCGGACCAGGAUUACUUAACGAGAACGAUUAACGGGAACCCCAAUAAGGGAAAGAGCGGGAACCACAUCGUGUACGUGGAGAGAACGCACGGCAUGCGGAGACGGAGAGGUAGCGAGGAAAGCGCCACGGAGGCGCACCUGAGAUACCGGGACCCGCAGCGGCUACUAGGCCAGGUGCCGGGCCACCGCAACCCCCCGCCUAGCCCGGCUAGCGCGGAGUACAAGGCGAACCUAAAACGACAAGCGGGCGACUACAACCGCCCUGACAGCGGGAUCGCCACGCGUAACUCGGACAGCACCGGGCACUCCCGCAACACAGACACUAGCGGCGUGCACCAUCAUGCGGACAUCACACGGAAACAACAACAGGUGAUGAUGAUGAAAACGCCGGCGAUCUGGGACGAGACGUUCACCAUGAGGGUGACCGAGGAUGAGACGCCCUCUAGCGACUCCGACGCGGAGUCUAUGCCCAAGCCCAUCACCAUGAUCAGCAUCAACCAGUCCGAGAUCGUACAACCUCCUCCCAACCUCCACACGACAACCACCAACUCCGAGACGACGGAGCUGUACAGAGGAGGGUACGGGAGGGUUGCCCAGGACAUUGACAAUAGAAGCCUGCUCUCCGUACCUGAUUCGGAAUCGCUUCGCGCCAACACGCCCAUGCCGAAAGCGCUAAACGACGCAGACGAUGCCGAAUCGACGUCUACGAUUUCGGUGCCGAAGAUCACCAUGACGUGUGCCACCCCCCUCCCCCCUCGGGCCACUCCGUCAAUCACACCUCCCCCCUCCGACGGACUCAGACUCUUCGUCAGCGACAUUGAGAGAGUCGGAGGGGUCAUCAACAGAUGAUGCGUAAUGUUAAAAACAAACAAACAAACAAACAAACAAACAUUCACAAAGUCAAUGUCAUUAUGUUUUCGGUUUCUAUCAUGAAAGUUCAUCUAUGUUUGUAGUUACAUGUUUAGAGUUAAGACUUUUGAUCCAAGACAAAGAAAGUUCU